AUGCUUCGUCGCCUGAUUCUCCGGCAAGUUUCUGCUGCCGUACCGGAAUUAGAGUAUCUUCAUGGAUUCAAUCAGCAUAGAGGAAUACACAGCAGGAACAAGAAGGCGAUGUAUUAUGUUGCUAAAGGAUGGAGUGCAAUUAAGGAAGUGGGGAAAGUUAUGGAUUACUGUGGCUUAGUUGGAAAUUUUGAUGAUGAGACCGUAAGUGUGGUGAUUGACAAUGAUGCUGAGCUGGUCAAGAGGAGUAGGUCAAGGAGCGGGAAAACCAAAUUGCAGGUUAUUGAUUAA